AUGAGAUUCACUACUCUCGCUACGGCCCCGUUGCUGUUUGGCUCAGCUUCACUGGUUGCCGCAGUGUCGCCUCCUUUACCACAAGAAGCAUAUACUCCCAGAGGCGUCUCCAACAUUAUCCCCCAAGGCACCAAAGACCAUAAGGAGCACGAAGAUCGUACCUGUUUCAUCCUCGGCACUUUCGACCUUGACUUUGACGAGUUCAGUGUCUCUCUGGUCCAUGGACCUGUCAACGGGCACCUAACCGAUGGCUUCUGCCACAUUCAUGCUACGGGAGUCGUCCAAGAUAGCAAAGGGAACAAUUGCGUCUUUGACGGCGGACUCAGUAGUCUCCGCUGCUCCGCUGAAUCUCCCACGACCAACUUUACUUUGGCCAUUCGCCAACCACCAGCCGUCGACUAUCCCAAGGCAUCGGUACGCCCUCAAAUGACGCCGUGUACCUCUUUGCUAAGAACCAUAUGCUUGGAAAAGGUGAAAGCUCAGUGCGCCUGGUGCUUUCAUCACGCAACGGAUCCCGAUUGUUCCCAACUUACCUUCUGCCCAUGGCGCUUGAGUCUCCGACAUAGCAUCACCAGCUCGCCUUCUCCCACUCCAAUCUCUGAUGGAACUCGCUGCACGGGGGCCAAGCCUUCCCUCCCAGCCUGGCACCAGUAUCUGAGAUGGUGUCGAGAUCAUCCUGAGUCAGACAGAUGCCCCUAUCUGCCGUGGAUGUUGAAUUCCAAGACAGUUCAUUCAGACAACGCAUUCAACGAUGCCAUUGGCUCCAUCUGGUGUCAAGUCUCCAGUCGGUGUCACCAUUCCGACAUUUCUGGACUUACGCCGCCAAAGGCCGUCCAAGCAAUCCAAAACGCUAUGGAACGCGUCUGCACGCGAUAUCCUCCCACGUGUGCCUUUAUUCCUUCUGUCAUGGAAUUCGUUCUGUCUUCCAUGGAAGUCAUUGCCGACGUCGCGAGGCUAUACAAGGCUUUUCUCACAGGCCAAGGUCUUGAGGACUUCAAUCGCCCAGCUUUACCAGACUUGUCCGAGACCAGCCGCGGCACCUCCGCCCGGGCGGGGCAUUCAAACGACCAAGGCAGUCUUGCUGUCAUUGAUAAUGCUCUCCAUUCAGCUGUUCUGGAGUUCAUUUGCGAGGAGCUCUGCAGCCCGAUCUGUGAUCACAUCCCGUCAAUUAUGAGAAUUAUUGAUUCGAUAUUGAAGGGCAAUGCCGACUUGGAGGAACUUACCAAUGCGUUUCAGUAUUACCUUGCCAGAAUCACCGCAGCUGACAUCCAGACCAUAACUGAAGGAGCUGAGGACAUCUACGACAUCUUCUCCACCACACCAUCAAAAAUAGAGGACCUAGUAGACGCUUUCAAAAUCGACUACAGAACACUCGGCCUUGAUGGCACCUGGAGGCUGCUCCGAGCUGGCUUAUCCGUUUACUUCCGUCUUUCUCCGUCUGGCGAACAUAAGCUAUUUCAAACACUUGGAGACAUCAUUUCCCGUUUUAAUGCAUCCGGUGCUUUGAACUAG